CAAGCCUUGUGGUUGAGCUUCGGGCUCUGAGUAGCUGCCGUAACGAUUGAAACAAAGUGGUAGAGGAGUCGCGUCGCUCCGAUGCCCAGCGCACCGCCACACGGCAGCAGAGCAGACGACUCGACGCACGACUUGACCUAACGGCUACCUGAUGGACGAGACAGCUAGCAGGGAGCUCAAAAGCAGCACAUGCGGCUGCUUCCGCUGCCCCCACUCGCGCCCACGCAAGCCAAGUCGGUGCCGGGCUCUCGCGAAACGACAAGCCUCCCGCAGCCUCUUCGUUCUCUCCGCUCGAUUCUCGUCAUGUCGCGCGCCUUCUCCAAGUGGCAAGAGGCCGAGACGAAGCUAAUCCAGAGCCUGAGCAAGGAAGACAGAGAUGAUCUGAUCGAUUACGGACGCGCGGUGUUCACGUCCGAGGCGGCUCUCGCCAAAUUUGAGAAGGGACUUCGCGGAAGUCAGUUCGACGAUCGACAGCUUGAUUUCGGCGAAGUCGCUGAGGAAACUUUUCAGGCAUGGAGUGCAGUCGUGUACGCGGACUUGGCGCAGCCUGUGAGCAGCGAUCAACUUCGCCUCAUCAAGAGAAGGCUGCGCGCUAGUUUCCAGCUUGAGCUCCUUCGACACGAGCAACUCGAAGUAGCGCAGCCCGAACGCAACGAUGGUAGGGACAGUCAAGAGGCACUUGGGCUUGCGGGCGUCAACCUCCAGCUGCAGCUGGUUGACGUUCGCAACAAUCUGGCCACUACGGAAUCUGAGCUGAAAGCUGUGGUGGAAGAGCUGCAACAGACACGCUAUGAGCUUCGAAAGCUCGAAGUCUACGCUGCGAACGAUCGGGACAAGUGUCGUUGCACGCAAGAUGACCUGCGCGCAGAGAGUUGGAGACUCGAGGCACGCCUGGGCCGGCUCGAGAAGACUACAAGCAAGCUGGACGAGGCUUACCAGCGGCAGACAGUCUCGACGGAGAACUCGCGCAGUCAGACCAUGGAGGUCUGAUCCGCAGAACCUCUCGACGACCGCGAGCUCGUCAUCGAGGUCGUCCUUUUCUCGCUCGCGGCGUGUCGCUAUCGCCGCCCUCACAUCGCUCUCGCUCGAGGCCGUCUUCGAUGGACAAGCGAACGCGUGUCCAACAUUGAGAUCUUUGCGAGCCGUGAUCCAGCUUGCCCGCACAACCGCCGACCUUAGCUCCUCAUCUCGCCGUACUCGUCGUGUAGGAUCACGCGAGGAUG